AUGUCAAUUUCUCAAGAGCAGCUUCAAGCCAUCAUUUUCUAUCAAUGGGGUCGUGGCACAGCAGUCAACAUCGAUAGCACAUUGAGGAAAGAUACCACUACCAUCAGGACUGUCUACCUCUUGUUCGCUUGUUUCGCAAAAGAAAACAUGAUAUUUGAUGAGAAAUCCCGGAUCAGGAGUACGUCUCCACACCGUGUCAUUCUCGACGUUGCCAAAGAGCAGGUCCUCAGCUACAGAAGAAGCGCUGACUCGAUGAAUCCCUCAUAUCUUCACGGAUGGCACGCGGUACACCCGGUUAUCCAUCUGUCCAACUCUUCUCCGUCUGUAUCGAAAGACCUUGUCAAAGAAGACCUGGUUACUGUAGAUAAGAAAGAAUUUGAUGUAACUGCAGGUGGAUAUAACAUGAACAAGGCUCAUUACAUGUGUAUGAGGAUGCUGCUGAAAGAAAAAGGAUGGGAAUAUGUUCUACUUCUUCAGAAUCAUGACGUAAUUAUUAAAUCACCAUAUGAGAUGGUCGAAAUAUAUUCGUUAUUGGGAGGAGCAAACGACGUGCACGUUAGUCGAUGUCCGGAAGAACUUUGCAGUCCCGAGAUGAAAUGGACUCCUCGUUCGUUGAAAUUAUUUCUGAACGAGUCAGGAACAUCUUCCAAGACACUGGACACCACUAUAGAGCUGGCCAAAGGUGCCGUUCAAGUAUCUCUUUCUCGAGCAGCGGUGCAAUGGUUGAUUGACACAGUUAAUCUCACUACCAUACUCGAGAAGCUCAACAAAAAAACGUACGGUUACGAUGAAAUUAUGAUGGCAUCGCUUCAAGUGAAUGAAGAGCUCGGAAUGCCUGGACGUUUCACCUCGGAUUGUCUUUCACAAGUUACCACCUCAAAUGGUGUUGAACGUAUAGCUGAUAUUCGAACUGCAACAGUUAUUUGUUGGUUUCCUCGUAAUCAAUCGGCGAUAAGCGCGUUAAAGAGGCAGUCCCGACGAGAAAAGUCGAGAGCAGGUUCUGAAUCCAGGAAAGCUGCUUUGAUUGGCUUUGAAUACUUCGGCUUCGAUCACUGUCUUAACGAUGAACAGCUGAUCAAUGAAGAAUUCAAUGUCGACGAGUAUGGACACUAUAUGAACCAUGCACAUUAUGCUUGCAUGCAACUCUUGCUACAAAAGCAAGGAUGGGAAUACAUUCUCCUCCUACAGAACCACGACGUGAUCAUCAAAUCACCGUACGAGAUGGUAGAAAUAUACAAAUUAUUAGACGGUGCUAACGAUGUUGAAAUAAGCCUACCUCCAGAAGACCGUUGGGAUCACAACAAGUCAUGGGAUGCUCUCUCACUACACCUGUUUCGAAACGAGUCAGAAAUGUCAUCUUCACAACUGAAUGCUACCAUAAAAUUUGCAAAAGGUGCAGUUCAAGCGUCACUCAGCCGUGCAGCUGUAGACUGGUUGGUCAAUAUCGCUAAUCUAACAACUCUGAUAAAUCAACUCAAUGAAAAGCCAUUUGGAGUUGAUGAAAUAUUGAUCGAAUCUUUACAAAUAAGCGAUGAACUUGAUAUGCCUGGUCGAUUCACUUCAGAAUGCUUGAUGAACGGUAUACAAACACCAUCUGUAACACGGCUCUCCUUAUGGAUCUAUGGUACAAAUGAGUUGUGCAAGUCACAGUACGCGAGAAAAUCUAUUUGUAUUUUUGGAAUAGAGGAUCUUCAAUCUCUUUCACAAUAUCCACAUUUAAUGGCGAAUAAGGUUUGA